AUGGUCGUUAGCUCAUCGCAGAGCAUCCUCAAGACAGGCUCCUUCUCUGGUUUCCGCGCAUUGCAGGAGCAGCUUGGUAGCGGAUAUCUUACGGCGGAUAAAUCGAGACCGCAGCCGCUAUGCGGUAACAAGGAGGGAUGGGGUCCACUGAGUCCUCAUCGUUAUGACUUUACACCAUGUUUUAUGGAUGUGUGGGUGAGCUCUGUCGCGGCUUUUGGAAUAUUGGGAGGUGCUAUAGCCAUAUGGUGGCUGGUAAAAAAGAAGACCACGGCGGAAGUUAAAAAGGAUUGGCAUUUUUGGCUCAAGCAGUCGCAGCGCAACUCGUUAUACAAAUACUGA